CCGAAAGCGGAAUUAGUCCGCUAGCCCCUUGCUUCUCCACGUGCAUUCGGUUCAUUUACGCCUCCAUGGUUCCGACGAUCACAAGCUUGGAAGAGGGGGGCAUCAGACCAUCGGCCGGCCUGGUCGUGUCCCAAAGAGUCGGAGUAUCUCGAACUUCCAGUCUCCAUCUUUCAACAUGAUGGAUAUGUAAUUGUAAAUUCGUAAUAUUUCCGGAUUGUGUGAAGUUUAGGUCGUCGCCUUUCUCAUGCUGCAUGAUCAUGGCCGACCAGGACCGCUUCGGGUCCUCAACGACUGGCGAUGAAAUUGUCGAAGCGUUCGCAAACGAGGUCAAUGGGAAGACUUUCCUCAUCACCGGCGCCAGCGCCCACUCCCUCGGCGCCGAAACCGCCCUCUCCCUCGCCCGCAAAGGCACCCCCGCCCAACUCAUCCUCCUCAGCCGUACCGAAUCGCGCGUGACGCCCGUCCUCUCUCAAAUCCAGCAUCUCAACCCCCGCGUUCAAACCUUCUUCUUCCCCAUCGACCUCAGCAGCCGCUCCUCGGUCCACGCCGCCGCGGAGCGCGUGCUCGCCCAUCCUCAGAUCCAGCGCAUCGAUGUGUUGAUCAACAACGCGGGGGUGAUGGGCGUGCCGUAUGCGCCGGCCGGGGAGUUUCGAGAGCGGGGUGGGAGGCCGGUGGAGAUGCAUUUGGCGGCGAAUCAUUUGGGACCGUUUUUGUUGACGGCGUUGGUUUUGGAGCGGAUGAGGCAGGCGGGGGUGGGAGCGAGGGUGGUGAAUGUCUCGUCGGCGGCGUAUAUGGGGUCGGGGAUCCGGUUUGAGGAUCUGAACUUCUCGAAUGGAAAGAAGUAUAAGCGGUGGGAAGCGUAUGGCCAGUCGAAGACUGCGAAUAUUCUGAUGGCGAAGUCAUUGUCCAUGAAAGUUGCGAGUCGGGAGGUUGCGAGUUUUAGUCUUCAUCCAGGGAUAAUCCAAACGAACCUCAAUCGCCAUUUUUCUGGAUUCUCAGGCCCCUCAGAGUCUAAUGAUGUUGCUGAAGGACCAUUUGAUAGGUCCCCUCAGCAAGGAUGUUCUACGAUAUUGUUUGCGGCUCUUGACCCCCAGUUACAAGCUCACUCCGGCGCGUAUCUGGGUGAUUGUCAAAUCCAGGAAGCAGAAGACUUCGCAACCGAUGAGCGGAUUGCAGAGCGGCUGUGGAUUUUGAGCAAGGAGAUCGUCGGCAUUAAGGGAGCGAUGCCGUUUGAGCGUCGAAGGAGGCCGGCUUUAUAGCGACCGGCUGGGG